AUGUUAAGAACAUUCUUUAAAUCUAGUUUUUUAUUUUAAAAUAUCAGAAUAGUAUUAACGCCGAUUAAAUUAGAAGAUAAAGUAUGCUUUUAUAAAGGACUUAUUUAAAGCAUAUAGACAAUGUCUAUUAAUUAUAAAAAAGUCAAGAGAACUCCACUAAAAAAUGUAUCAAAUAAUCUCUAUAUUGCUUUUGAAUGUAAUUUUGAAUAACUCUACUUAGCAUUAAAGAGAUUAAACAUGUCACUCAACAUAUUUUACUUAGAAUAAUUAAGAUCAGAGCAAGUAGAAUUUAGAAGAAUUAAGCAGAACAGUAUCUUUAUAAAAUGUAAAGUAAAAUCGAUUUAAAAAAUGAAUAUUUUAUAUUACAAAAUUGUCAAAAUGUUAGAAUGA